CUAGCUCAUCUCCUGCUCUGUUUGGUCUCGAUUUCAAUUCUUAUUGUUGCUAUCAACACUAUCAAUAGCAGUCGCUAAAUAAUUAACUAUGGCUGCAAGGAAAGCUGAACUGUGAAAGUCAACUUUAAUAACUCAGAAAUAAGAAGAAUACGCAGCAAAGUAUGCAUUAACCUAUAAGCAUGGUUUUGGGAAACCGGGUAUAGCUGAUGGCAGUGGAGAGAGUUGUGUUGCAAGAUCUGGUUUUCCCUGGUAAAGUUCACAAUGUCGGCAAAAGUCAAAGUUGGUUCAAAUGUAGAAUAUAAGAUGCCAAAUGGCAGAACCGCCAGUGCACUUGUUUUGGAAACUGGACCAAAAAAUGUGUAUAAGGUGACAUAUGAUGGAUGGUCAAGUAUUUAUGAUGAAUUUGUUGAUCCAGCAAAAUGCAUUGAUGUUAAAUCUGGGUUGACCUGCACAGACUCCACCAAGGUUGUCAAAGGAGAUAAGCUAAAGGUGAAAUGGCUUGAUGGGUCAUCAUACAUUGGCACUGUCCUUAAUGGAGCUACAGCUGUUGCUUGUGUUCGUCCUGAAUCUUACCCUUCUGAAUACAAAGUAUGGAUAACUGCUGAUGAACUAGUUAGCAAAGACAGCAACUCAAGGACAGAAUCUUCACAGCCAGAUGUUGAUUUGAGCACGAUCGAGGUAGGAAAACAAAUCACAGUAAAGCUGAUAAAUGGAACGACGGCAAAGGCAGAUGUAAUUCUCAAAAGUUCUGUUCCUGUCAUUUUGGUUACUUACGAUGGUUGGUCGAAAGUGUACGACGAAUAUGUUGCCUUGGAUCAAUGUGUUGAUGCUAGCAAUGGCUCCAAGAUCACUGACAUCAAAAAGGUUAAGAAAAAUGACAAAGUUAAAGUACGAUGGCUUGAUGGGGCGUCAUAUGCAGGCACUAUUCUUGAAACUUCAGAAGCGGUUGCUAAAGUUCGCCCGGUAGGGUAUCCGCAAGAAUAUCAAUUGUGGAUAACCAAAGGUGAUAUUGCCGAAGAGGUAUCAAAGAAACCACAGUCUGGAAGUAUCAUGGAGAAUGCCUUGAAGGAUGCAAUGGAAAGUAUGAAUCAAAUCAUGCAGGAUUACCAGCAGCAGAGUUUAGAGACCAAGCGAAUGGAGGAUGUCCCUACUCGGAAAAUACAAUCAAUUCCAAGUCCAACACAUAAAGACAACAGCAAAUGGAAGAAGUUUCUUUCCAAAGUUCUAAUCUCGAAAGGCAACCUCGAUAAGCUAGCGAAGGUGUGCGAAAAACGUAAGAAGCCAGCAUGGUCUGGAAAGGAACUGAAAUCGAAUGAAUAUCACGUUGGAAUCGGGGCUAGCAAAGAGGAUCUCGAUUUCGCAGAUAUUGUCAAACAGGCAUUGAGUAAGAGAGGGUUAAAAGUAACAACCGAUCAAGAUGAUUUGCACGAGACAAGAACAUUUUUGCUAAUUUACAGCGAUAGUGUUAACAUGGAUGAAAAUGUCAUUCGACAUCUUACAAGGGCUGCAGAGAGAUUUAAUAUGGGAGAAACAAUAAUAAUUGCACUUGUGCGGCCAGGCUGUCCUGAAGAAGUUAUUGACCGCAUUCCGGAUAGAGUAGCGUAUUCGCUGUCAAAUGUGGUAUUUUUCAGUCAUGACUGGUUUGGCGAAGCACCUGAGAUGGCACGGAGGAGAUCAGUUGAAGAUCUAGCAGCAUUAAUCCAGAACAACGUUAAUGAAACUCAUGACUACGAUUUAAGCGGAGCUUGGCUAUGCCAGGCAGCAGUUACAAGCAGUGUGACGUCAUAUAGUACAACCAGAGACUUCACUAUGCUGUUGAAGCAACAGGGAAAUAAGGUAUUCAAAAAAUAGCAUAAUUUUC